CAGCGCGUGUGGGCGCGGGCGCGGAGGGUCAGGCUCCCGGGAGCAGCACCAGGGCCAGAGAGACAAUGGUCUCAGUGACUAUGGCCACUUCCGAGUGGAUCCAGUUCUUUAAGGAAGCCGGCAUUCCUCCGGGGCCUGCUGUCAAUUACGCGGUGAUGUUUGUGGAUAAUAGGAUCCAGAAGAGCAUGCUGCUGGAUCUCAACAAAGAGAUCAUGAAUGAGCUGGGCGUGACUGUGGUGGGCGACAUCAUUGCCAUCCUCAAGCAUGCCAAGGUGGUGCACCGCCAGGACAUGUGCAAGGCUGCCACUGAGUCAGUGCCCUGCAACCCCAGUCCCAUCCCAGGCGAGAUCCGCCGCGGCGCCUCCACCGCCUCUCGAAUGAUCGCCAACAGCCUGAACCGUGACUCCCCACCUGGCACUCCCCCCAGGCGGCCGGACACCAGCACCUCCAAGAUCUCGGUCACUGUAUCCAACAAGAUGGCAGCGAAGAGUGCCAAGGCUGCCGCAGCCCUGGCCCGCCGGGAGGAGGAGAGCCUGGCUGUCCCCACCAAGCGGCGCCGGGUCACGGCCGAGAUGGAGGGGAAGUACAUUAUCAACAUGCCCAAAGGCACCACCCCCCGGACCCGCAAGAUUCUGGAGCAGCAACAGGCGGCCAAAGGUCUCCAGAGGACGUCUGUGUUUGACCGCCUCGGCGCCGAGACCAAGGCAGACACGACGACGGGGAAUAAACCCACAGGAGUUUUCAGCCGCCUGGGGGCCACCCCAGAGAUGGACGAGGAUCUGGCUUGGGACAGCGACAAUGACAGCAGCAGCUCUGUCCUGCAGUAUGCCGGGGUUCUGAAGAAGCUGGGCCGGGGCCCAGCCAAGCCCAGUCCCCAGCCGGCACUGACUGUCAAAGCCAAGGCCACAAGCUCGGCCGCGACGGCUGCCACCCCGACACUGCGACGCCUGGCCCUUUCCUCACGCCCAGGGCUCGAGAGGAAGCCAGAGUCCCUGUCCAAAGUCAGCAUCAUCCAGAGACUGGGCAAGGCUGCCCUUGUGCCCGAGGCCCAGGACAGCCAGGUCACGAGCACCAAGAGUAAGUCCUUGGCCGAGGUCAAGGUCACCAUUAAGAGGACUCUGGUGGGGCCCCGGGGGAGCAGCUCCAGCGAGGGCCUGGGUGCCCAGAUGGACCAUGCGGGCACAGUGAGCGUGUUCAAAAGACUGGGCCGCAGGACCUUCUAGCCUCUGGGCGGGGCGCGGGCCCCUCUCCAGGUUCCUGGCUCUGGCAGAGGCUCCCGUGAGGCCAUGCCCAGUCCUCUGCUGGCUCCUGGAUGACACUGCUUGUCUCCCUCAGGCAUUCGAGCCGGCCCGAGCUUUCUGGGGGCUCACCCCAGUGUUCUGAGUCCGACAUGGUCGCUGUGGCCUGGCCUUGCUGCUCUAGGACUUUCCUUUCUCACGUCCUUUGUUCUCUCCUCUUGGACUGUGGCCUUUGGCAGGACCCACUUUUCUACCUCUCCCAGAGCCAAGUGCUCUUUUCCCUCCUCCGUUCCCCCUCCUGCCCCUCGGCAGCAUCUGCUGCCUCCGCCCCAGCUCCCCGGCCUCCCCAGUUCCCCCCCGAGUCCCCCCACCCUACCCCCGUCCCGACUUCCCCUCGCCCCUCUGCCCCCUCCCCCUUCUGUCUCC